ACUUAUAUUUUUCCAGAGAAACGGACUCAAAUCAAAAUCCAUAAAAGCGACAGACAACCUCUCGACUGUACACUAGUGAUUAGUGAGACGGAAACUACUUCCGGGUUACUGUUUCAUUGGGGUGUGUGUAGUUUGCUAGCAAAACUGUACCAUGUGUGAUAACGAGUAACAACUAACUACUAUGAGCUCACAGAGAGGUAACGCGUCUCGUACGCGAACCCAAAAGCACCAAAACACGACCGCCUUCAAAAACGACAAAUUUGGAGCGAGUGUACAAGUAAAGAAAGCGAAUUCUAAGAUCCACGAUGGACUAUGUCAACACUGCAAGGGCGUUCUUGAGUGGAAAGUCAAGUACAAAAAAUAUAAAAGUCUAACACAGCCCAGGAAAUGUGUAAAAUGUUCUCAGAAGACAGUGAAGGACGCUUAUCACAUAAUUUGUAAGCCCUGCUCUCUUCAGAUGGAAAUAUGCUGCAAGUGCGGGAAGAAAGAGGACAUUGUCAUCCCAAUUAACUUUAAUCUGGAACAAGCCGAAGAAGAAAAGGAUGGCAAACAGAAAAGCAAAAUGUACAAAAAGGACAAAAAUAACUUUGAGAGCGAUGAUGAGCUUGAUGAUGAUGAUAAUGAUGAUGAUGAGGAGGAGGAGGAUGAGGAGGACUUCGUUGACCUUAAGGACAAAAAAGAUGAAGAAAGUGAAUCUGUACUAGAGAAGGCGCAAAGCAAGUCUGUUCCACUUCCAGAUGUUUCCAUAGUGAAUAUCACAAACUAAAUGAUUAGACAGGUGGACUCUUUGACAUGUUACUAGCGCAUCAGCAUCAUCCGGUUAUACUUUCUGAUACUAAAUGGUGACACAGUGCUGGUUUCUUGCUCUAGCGGAUUCAACCAACUUCCAUUCAUCCAUUUUCGUAUCCUCAUUAGACUCAGGAGUAAAAUGGAUCUUAUCCUAGCUGACCUUUGGCAAGAGAUGGAGUGCACUUUGAAUCACCAACCUUUCACAACUACCGCCAAUUUAGAGGCUUCAGUUUAUCUAUGGGGCAUUGCGGGGGAAUGUGGAAGGAAACCAGAUCACCCGCAGCUACUGCACUCAAGCCGGGUGAGGACAUGCAACCUUUAUACAGGAAGGCCCGAGCCCAGAUUCUAAUUCCUCACUUCUGAUUUGUGAGGCGGAUGUGCUGACCGUCAAAAAAAAAAAUUCUCCAGUCACAUCCAGUGAGGACCACUUUCAAAUAAAAUGUGUUUGUAGCUUUGAAGAUCAACUGGAUUUACCACAUGUGGAGUCCGUUUAAGAAGUAUGUUGCUCAAAGACAGUCAGUGUAAAUAUAAACCAUCUGAGCUCAAGUUUGAAGUUCAUAGCAAAGACUUUGACUUUAUCUGUAUUAAAUUUGCAAAAAUUC